AUGGAAAUGUUCUGGGAUGAUGAGCCGGUUCAAGGCGACACUGGCCGCGAUCAGCGCAUUGCAGAUGGACUCGAGGUCGCCGCUUUGAGCGAUGGCGAUGACGUGGAUCCAUCCGAAGUCUCCGAUCGAGACCUUGACUACUACAAUCCACAAACCAAGGAGUUCGCCACGAGCAAAAGCAAGAGGCGUUCUAUGCGCGUUGCUGGCGGUAUUGCGCCGACUGCCAAGCCAGUUACCGCGAACUAUGACUCUGAUGAUGGCCGCAUCAUCGAGCUCAAGCAAUUGGGUCACUCUGAUGAAUACGUCGCUGCCAAACUCGUCGRGGAAGGUCGCAUUCGCUAUGUCGGCAAGACGAUCGGCAGUCGUUAUCUCCGCUUGCGCAAAGUUCUCGAGGACGAGGAAGAUGAGAAGCUUGAUGAUGAGCUGAGCGAUUGGCAUGAGGGCGAGGAUGGCAAACUCAUCCCAAUCAUACAGGCCAUGGAGACGAAGCUCAACAGUCAUAUCGAGAGAAUGAAGCAGAAGAUGUGGAAGGACGUCUCUUCCUUCUUCGCUGGCCAACUUGGAGGAAAGAAGAAGUACACUCACAAGGCUUGUCGUGAGCGUUACGAAGCUAUCCUCGCCGGCACCGAACUUCCUCCCAUUGAGCUUGAUCAUGAUCAGACUGGACGUCGGAAGAUGCGCGAGGAGCGGAUCAAGGCUGCAAAAGCUGCACGUAUUGCUGCCGCCAACAAGGCGACGGAGCUGGAGGCGCGCAGAAAAGCCAAGACUAUGGAGAGAAAGCGUGCCAUUGCAGAGGCGAACCAGAUCAAGGUCGUUUUUCAAUUGAAGAGGAUCGCGGAGAAGAAAGAACGCCUGCGGAUCCGUGAUGAGCGCAUCAUCAAUCGCGAGCGCGCCAAGAAAGAACGCCUCCGAAUUCUGAACCACAUGCGCAUCGAGCGCGACUGGGAGAUGGAGAAGAAUCGGAGGGAGAAAGAGAUCUACAAGAAGAUCAUGGGUGUCGACCUGAACGGCAAACCAUCAAGCCGGUCCGGGCAAAAGGGAAAGAACAAUUACGACUCUGAUGAAGAGAGUGAGGCCAUUGAUGACCUGGAGAGCGACGAGGAGGAAGCCGACUUCACCGAUGAUGAAGAAGUCGACGAUGCCGACGGUGAGAGUGAGAAUGAUCGUUCCGAUCCCGAAUUGGACCACGGAUCUCUCGACGGCGAACUUGAUAGUCCUGCUCGGGCUACUGCCACCCUCAAGCGCCGUGCCACUGCCCAUUCCCAGCGGAAGCGUAAGUUGGUUCGAGUUGGAGGCCUUCUGUACGACACGGACGAGGAGGAGAAUUCCCCAAUGAGCAAGAACGCUUCUUCGCCUAAGAACAAUGCGCCGCCCAAGAAACGUGUGAAGCGCACGGAUGAAACCCGCACCCCGGCAGGCAAGAAAGUUCCCGCUCCCAAGAAGAAAGCCUCACCCAAGACUACUCUGACUGUCACCGAUGGCAGCAAUGCCAUCAUCACCGAGGACUCUCUCUUCAACCCUCGCAGCAUCAUGACCCGCAGCGAACUCGAAGUCGUCUGCUUCGCUCGCGGCAUUGAUCGCCACCCGGAAUCCGAAGAAUCCCAUCCCCAACUCGUCGCUCGCAUGAACGCCAUCGAUGAAGCUCUCAAUCGUCAACAACUCGACGACCUUCUUCGUGCGGCCACCAAGAGUGUGCAAGGUACCAGAUUGGCCAAAAUUGAGCGUUUGCAACUGUCCGAAGCGUCGAACUCUAUUGCUGGCGGCAUGGGUCUUGAUGCGCACGAUAUUGACCACAUGCGACGUUACGAGGGCUUUGUGGGCAAGUUCAAGCAUCUUCUUGAUGAUGCGGAGCACAGUGCUGCUCGGCAGCAACAUGGUCCGAUGGGUCAAUCUGCUGGGGAAAUCCCUGCUUUCGCGGAUUGGUAG